UUGCAGGUUUUAAUUGUACAAAAAAUGCCACUUGGUUAUUUAUGCGACUUGAUUUAUUAUCUUGCUUUUAUUGGGCAUACAACAACGUUGUAAAUGGAUGCAGGGCGCUGUUCUCCUAAUUUGACAGAGUUAUGAGAGCUCGCCAAAAUGCAACAAUAUGAAGUGGGAUCCGAAAAUGUUGCUGAUAUUGUGGCGGAAUAUCUCGAGUAUGCCAUUCAGCACAUUCUGUGCACCAGGAUGGUGUACCCGAAAUCAUCGUUUAUGGAAGUACAUAAAUUCAGUAUGAGUUUGGAAGUCCUGAAGGAUCCACAUUUAAAGGUGUAUGUCGAUCGGAAUAUCAAGAAAGCUAGAGAUUUGUUGGCCAGUGGACAUCUGCAACGGUGUGUCCUUGUCAUUGCAAAGAUCAGUACGGGCGAAGUAGUGGAAAGAUGGCAAUUUUCGAUGGAUGACUCAAACAGCGGCAUGGUUACCGAUCUGCCCAACUUGCACAACAAGAUAACUCAGUCGCUCAAGCAAGUCGGAGUGUGCUUCCUUCCGCCAUUGGAUGCGGAUUGUUCGUUCAAAAUUUUGCUUUAUACGGAUAAAAGCGCAAAGUCCUUAGGUGAAUCUCUUACCAACAUCCAUCCCCAUCUAAUUUUACAUGGUAGUGGUGACAGUUUGGAAAUGCGCUCUGUUGACUUUCCACGUUGGCGGCUUCAUACCGCUGUCUCUUAUUUCUCCCCAUAAGGAUCUGGAACUUCCGUGGUUUAUGCUCCCAUUUUAUUUCAUUUUUGUGAUUUAUUUUUGUGUAUAUGCGAGAUCGAUGUGUUCGCAUUGGCUGCAUAGUGGAAUUGUUUGAAACUCUGUAUUUUUUCAGUAUUUUGCACUUAGGGACAUGUUCAUUUUAUGUGUGCUGAUUUCCGUCGGAUUUACUAUCCACAUGAUCACUUGCGAUAGAUUUUCGUGACCGAUAAAAUUUGUAAUCUGUGUACGGUACACUCUGUUUGCCUCUGUUACCUUACUGGUUAAGAAUAAAAACUGGA